AUGCCGAAGAAGAAAGUUAAAAUGCUCCAAGACAAGCCCGUCGUGUACGAACUGCCUGAGAUCAAGGAGAAACAAGGGACGCUUGAGCGAGAACUCGAACGAGACGUUGCGAAAUCCACGACAACCAAAAGUGCACUACAACAGCGCAUUCUAGCAGACGAUAUUGGAGGUGAUUAUGACGAGGACCACGACUUGGAGGCCACGCCACUCGCGGCGUUAGACGUAACAUACGAGGACGAUGCCGAUGAGGCGAGUGAUAUGAUCGAUCUAGGGAUCCAAAUUGGCAAAAUGCGCAUCACGGAAAGAAUAGGCGGCCUCUCGCGGCCUAGGAUAUCUGAAGAGAUAUCAGCCGGCCUCUCGGCCUCACAACCACCACAACUCGGAGGACAGAAACCCACCAUCGAAGAUAUGCCCGACUUUCUAAAGCCAGGUGAUCAAUAUUUAGUACCUAACAGCGGUUUCUUUUUCGGCCAGAUAGGAGAGCCACCGUCUAUUCUCCAAUUCUUGCCAUACAAGGCUGCCGCAGAUCAGUUGAUGAACCAGUACUUCAUUUCUGUACACCCGAUAGCUCCGUGCGCCCACCGUCCCACGCUGGAGGCUACUUACGCUUCAUUUUGGGAAGAAAUUAACGCAGGAUUCGAGCCCCGGCCUUCGAUGCAGGCACUCAUCUUUGGGGCUAUGUUUAGCGGAGCUAUCAGUAUGGAUGAGGCUGUCGUGCCACCUGAGCUCGGCGGAUUUUCUAAAGCAAACUGGGUCGCCAGUCUCAAGAUGGGUACUGAGAGUGCUUUGAGUAAAGCAAACUUGCUGAGGACUACUAAAGUGGAAACGAUGCAGGCUUUCAUUAUGUAUAUGAUUCCCCUAUGCAGGGCAGAAGUAUCCAGAGCUCAUUCGGUGCUCGUUGCGGCGGCGUUCCGAAUGGCAGAGUGUAUGGGGUUGCAUCGUGAUGGAGAGGCAUACGGGCUUUCACCAUUAGAGACUCAUGUUCGCCGCCUAAUCUGGCACCAGCUAUGCUUCCUCGAUAUCCGGACAUGUGAAGCACAGGGGCCCAAACCAAUCAUCAGACGAGAUGAUUAUGACACCAAGUUACCCAUAAAUUGUAACGAGGAGGACCUUACACAUGCGGUGACACCACCCGAGCCGGCAGACGUUUGGACCACCAACACCCUUGCUUUGAUCCGAUUCGAGAUUAAUGAGAUGAUGCGCAUCAUAUGGAUCGAUAGGCGGAGACUCGAGACCCGCCGGACCACACUAACAGCUGUGCUCGCCAAGAUCGAGAACUUCCGCCGGCGAAUGUGUGAAAAGUACGACCACCUCUUGGACGUUGCACAGCCCAAGCAAAGGUAUGCCAAAAGCGUCAUGUAUCUACUUACAUGCCGUUUACACGUGAUGAUCCUUCACCCUUACCACUCCAAUGCUGCCAACCCCAUGCCUCCCCGGCUAAACCAGAUUCUUAUCGCGUCUGGUAUCAUGAUCGUCGAGCAUGCCAUCUUGCUCGAGACAAACCCUAGUUUUCGGGAGUGGGCGUGGUACUUGGGUGCCUACUUCCAGUAUCAGAUCGCUCUACUCUUGGCAACUGAAGUCUACUUUCGACCACAGUCUCGCGAAGCGGAUCGAAUAUGGUCAUGCCUGGACUACGCCUUCACCAUAGACCCGAGGCUUCCACCUGAAACCAAGGCUUUACAAAUCCUCUCUGAGAUACAAGGUAAGACGGCGAUAUACAUGCAAAUGCGCAAGAUGCGUGGGCCCACGAGUCUUGCCCGGGCCAUUCCCGGACAGAACGUAGUGGCGGGAACGGCAAUGCACUCGCAGGAUGUGCAGCAUAACCAAUUGCAGCAACCCGCUUCGGGGAUACCACCAGAGAUCCCCAAGAUAGAACCGGGAUACACACCUCCAAUGCCGGCUGGGCGCCCAGUGCCACAACAGCCGCAAAUGGUGUUCGCCGGUGUCGCUGACGGGCAGGCAUUAUGGAGUCUGCCACCUAACCACACGAGCCCCGAAAGCGAUGGGUCGAGUAUAGACCAAGGACAUCAGAUCCCGGCACCCAGAAUGGUGGGAGGGGCCACCAGUAGUGUACCUCAGGGCAGUAUCAUGGAUACUAUCGAUUGGGAUACGAUUAAUGCUCUAUUCCCUAAUGACCCUCACACGGGCGGACUGAGUAUGCAUGGAUUUCAUGAUCCUAAUUUUGGCGUCGCGAACUGGAGUAAUUGA